AUGAAGAAGAGAUUAGCAAGCACCAGCAGUGAUUUCUCUAAACUUGAUCGCAAAACCAUCGAACGAAACCGAAGAAUUCAGAUGAAAUCCCUCUGCCAUCAGCUUGGUUCCCUUAUUCCUCCCAACCUCAAACCAACCAAAUCCAAGUUUAUGCUAGGGCAGCAGGACCAGCUCGAUCUUGCAGCAAGGUAUAUAAAACACAUGACAGAGAGAAUAGAGAAAUUGAAGAGGCAGAAGGAGCAAGCCAUGUCAAACCAAAGCAGUGAUAGAAAAAUGAUGGAUACAAACAUUGACACCAAAUUGCCAAUACUCGAGCUUAGAGACUUGGGAUCCGGCAUCGAAGUGAUGCUGGUGAGUGGGUUAAACAAGACAUUCAUGUUGUACGAAGUAAUUAGCGUGCUUGAGGAAGAAGGUGCUGAAGUUGUCACUGCAAGCUUCUCAACUAUAGGCGACAAGAUAUUUUACGUUGUCCAUGCUCAGGUUAAAAUAUCAAGAGUGGGAGUAGAGACCACGAGGGUAAAGGAUAGACUUCAAGAAUUUAUUGCCCCAUUAGAAAUCUGGCCGGAAGACAUGUGA